CUUUCCCUAAAGGGUUGUAAAACAUAAUUUUUGUUCAUAUUCUCUCACUCAGAUCACAUGGUUGGUCUCUCCAGCAAGAAGUUUGCCGAUAGACUAAAAUGCAAUCCCCACAUUAAAUUGUACUGCUCAGAAGUGACCUUUGAAUUUCUACUGACAGAUGAGAGGUACAAGCACUUACAGGCCAGUUUAUUCUCACUCCCAAUUGAACAGACCAGCACAGUCAUACUAGUCAAUGAAUUUAAUGGACAGGAAGAGAAACUGUUGGUUACAUUGCUUCCUGCAGGUCACUGCCCUGGAUCUGUCAUGUUUUUGUUUGAGGGUAGUGAAGGAACUGUCCUGUACACUGGUGACUUUAGAUUAGCCAGAGGUGAAGCAGCUAGGAUGGAACCCCUUCACUCCGGUUAUAGGGUAAAAGAUAUCAGCAGUGUGUAUCUUGAUACUACUUUUUGUGUACCUGAAGCCAUGUUUAUUCCUAGCAGAGAGGAAUCAAAGGAUGCUCUUCUGGAUCUAGUUGAUAGGCAAAUUAGCAAGAGUGCUGGUCACAUGGUGAAGCUGAACUGCAAAGCAAAGUAUGGUUAUGAGUAUCUCUUUGUAGAGCUGAGUAAAACUUUCAACCAAAAGGUCCAUGUAAGUGAUACUCUGAUGAAACAAUAUGAUAGAGUACCUGACCUGUGCACUCAUUUAACAACAGAGGGCAGUCUAACCCAGAUACAUGCAUGUAGAUAUGGGCCGUGUUCACUAAAGAAAGCAACAGAUAUUCUUUCAAUCCAGCCUAGUACUAUGUGGUUUACAGGGAAUGCUCGACCAGAUGAUGUUGUGAGGAAGAUUGGUCGUAGAUACAGACUCUGCUUCUCCUUUCAUUCUUCGUUUAGUGAGAUUCGUGAUUUUCUUGGUUAUAUCAGGCCUCAUCAUGUUUAUCCUAAUGUCAUUCCAUAUGGCUCAUCAGAGGAAGAAGUUAUUCAAAGACUGCAAGACUGUUUGAGAGGUAGUAAAGGAGGUGUGUCCCAGGAUCUUGUUUCCAUAGCAACUGACUUCCAACCAUUUGGUAGUUUGAAGAUAGUUAAGAAUUCAAGCAAGAAAAGACAGCAUGGUAAGUAUGUGUUACUAUCAAGGGCUUCUUGUCUGUAGCUCCUUGUUGAUUUUUAGUAUUCAGUGCUGCUAAUUAGUAGGACUGUAUCGUAUUUAGUAGAAUUUUUAAGGUUAAGUGACACUGAAUAUGAUUGUCCCUUAGAAAUAGGAUUUUUGAAACGUGUAUGAAUGAUGAUUUUUUGUAUGUUUUUCAAAAUAUUAAAAAAUUAGGCAUGAAAAUAGGCAAAAAAGGAUUUUUUUCACAGUUAAAGCCGGCAGCUCUGAUAAACAUCACGACCCCCCCCCCCCUUCCUCUCUACACAAAAAGUAAAUUUGAUAGAAAAAAAUAUAUCACAAUUGGAUAUAAAAUGAUGACAUUUUAAUUGUUUUCUUAUUUCUACAGAGUAGGUUACACAGACAUGCUAUUUAAAUGAUUGAUUUAAACUCACAAUUUAAUUUUUAUCAUAUGAAAUAUGAAAUAAUUCAUUUUUUAUGGAUUAUAUGAUAGAGAAGUUUUCAAUUGAAUCAUGAAAAUAAUGAUUUCACACUUUCACAAUGCAGUCAAAUUAUCUUUUCCACUGCGGGUUUCAGUGUUUCAUGUAAUAAAGUACCCCCCCCCCCCCAAAAAAAAAAAAAAAAAAAAGAUAGGAAUGUGAGAUGCCAUCUGCUCCCUUUAUUUACCUACUUUUGUAUGAAUUUGACUGUUUUUUUUGUAAUGCUAAUGUUAUAACUUUCAUUUAUCAUAUUAUUUUGGUUUUGAUGAAGUUUUCAAUGUUGUGCUUAUUUGCCUUUCAUGAUUUGAUUCAAAUCGACUUUUCAUUGGGUAGACUUCGCCUCUAAUUUCUUUCUCAUUAUUUUGAGCUUUUUACUUAGUACUUUCUGGCAUUCAUUUUAUCCAAGCAUAACUGAUAACACUAGCAAAGUAACUGCAAAGACUUACUAGAAAUACUUUCUGAAGAAAGUCAUAACUUCUUUAUUGCUGUAAGAGAAAAUGAUUCAGGUGAAAUUAAAUUACAACUCACUAUCAUUGUGGUAUUAUUAUUUUUUUUUCAUUGAAGAUAUUUUAAACAUUCUGUUGUUACUUUAUUUUCAAAGAGAGAGCCCAAUAUUGUCUGUAUUGCAGAACUUUCAAUGUCUUGAACUGUAAAAGUUCAACACUUUUUUUAAAUUGUAGAUUGCACUAUUGUUAACAAUUUCUAUGAAUUCUAUCAUUAUUUAUUUAUUCGUGACUGUUAGGCUGUAAUAUGAUUAGGGUAUCAGGAUUUCCAAUUUCCCUAGUCAUUAAAUUGUUUUGGUACUUUAUAUCCUAAAUUAGAACAAAGGAACAUGUCCCAAUAAUAAUGUUUUCAUGAUAUUUAAUAGGAAAUGUCUUUUGCAGGAGUACCCAAAUGACUCAUAGAUGUCUACAUUAGAAAAAUUACAUAUGUAUGAAGUAUGAUGAGCUUUAUAAAUAUGAAGGUUGUUUCCUUUACUGGGACAGCAAGUUUAUCCUACAAACUUGCUGAUCUUUGUAUAUUUUAUUUGGACAAAUUAGCCCCUAAUAAUGAUACAGAUUUUUUUAAUGACUGAACAGGUGGGAGAAGAGAGGGGGGUCACAUCAUGUCUUUUUAUUCAGUUAGCAAGAGAGAG